GGAAAAGACUUUUCCUUCAAUCCUAGCUAUAAAUCAAACACGUGAAAAUUUCAUUCUUUUUGAAUCAGACACAAACAAUAACUUGCUAAAUUAAUAGUAUGUCCACUAUAUUUCCAUGAUUUGACAAUACUUUUAAAAUAAAAAAUAACAGUGUGUUUUGGAGACCGUAUGGAAAUCUUUGAUGGCGCAUUUAGAAAAAAAAGUGAUCAGCUGUUUAUGAAGAAAAAUAGAAACAGUGAAAAUUUUAUACGACUUCAAUCUGAACAGUUUAAGUAUUGAAUUUAUGUUCAGAAAAAAACUCUUUGUUUCCAGUGAUUCUUAAUUAAAGCUGCGGUCAUGCCGUCGCUUUUGGAAGCCCUUGAGCGCAAAUACGGCGCUAAGGGCGAAGUAAAUCCAUCAAUUGACGACAUGCCAGUUGCCAUAUUUGUGCCUAAACGCUCCCCGAGGCUUAGCGUACCCACACUGCUAGUACUCAACGAUUGCGAUAUAGACUGUGCCGGAGAUGCAUGUAUACUAGCAGAUAAAUGUGCGGACGUUGUUGAACUUGAUCUAGCUAACAAUAAAUUAACUGAAUGGCAAGAGGUGUUUGCAAUAUUAGAGCAGACUCCACGAGUUCGAUUCCUUAAUUUGAGUUUUAACAGGCUUUCGGCUCAGAUUCAAGCAGCCCAGUCAUUACGGCCCAGAUUGGAUAGUUUGAGCUAUCUGGUCCUUAACUCUACCUAUGUUAGUUGGCCAAGUGUUCAUUCGUUACUCAAGGCUCUCCCAGCUCUCGAAGAACUGCACUUGAGCCUCAAUGAGUAUUCGUAUGUGAAUUUAACUGGACAAGAAGUCGACGAAAAGGAUCGUUGCAAUGCAUGUUCCCGUUUGAACGUUGCUGAUGUCACUGAGCCAGUUCAUGAACAGCUAAAGAAACUUCAUUUCUCCGGGAAUCCAGUCAGCAGCUGGUGGGAGAUUUCCAAAUUGGGCUAUGCCUUCCCCAAUCUGGAAACGCUCCUCGUUAAUGAAUGUCAUUUAACAACCUUAGAGCCGGAUCCUUGCGAGAAGUGUGGAGACGAAAACGGGAACAAAAAGAGUCACGAUGCUUUCUCACAUUUACGCUUCCUUAAUCUGAACAACACCGGUUUGGCAACAUGGGAUGAAGUGGAUCGGUUGGCGCGGUUUCCUGCCCUGAAAAGUUUACGAGUUCAGGGUUGGCCGCUGUGGGAACGCGUCGAGUCAACAGAGCACGAGAGACGAUUGCUUUUAGUGGCUCGUCUCCCUCACAUAAGGACCUUGAACGGAGGAGGGGCGGUCCCUGUUGAAGAACGAGAUGCUGCAGAGAGGGCCUUCAUCAGAUAUUACAUGGAAAAGCCAGAGGCCGAUCGACCGGAUAGAUACUGGGAGCUGGUGCACGUGCACGGCAAGCUCGAUCCGCUGGUGUCCGUGGACCUGCGGCCCGAGAAGCGCGUGCAGAUCACGUUCACGUGCGGGGACACGAGCGAAGUGCGCACCGUCGACGUUUACAGGACUGUUUCUGAUCUAAAAACAAGAUUGGAGCGGUUAGCUGGCUUCCCGGCUGCGAAGAUGCGGCUCUUUUACGUGGACCAAGAACUGAGAGAUACGCAGGGUCCCGAAGAGAUGAAGUACCCUACGAAGCAGCUAUACUCGUACAACAUCAGGUCGGGGGAUGAGAUCAUCAUCGACUCGAAACUGAAGCACUCUAUAUCGGCCAACUCGACCGCCUGAACUGAGGGUAAUGUGGGUAGGCGGUAAAUUGGAAAUUUAAUAUAUCGCCAACCUUGACAAAACGCGGUUACUUGGAACUUUAAAAAAUAUGUAUUACCAACCUUGAUAAAACUAAACAAAAUUAAAUUACUCACAUCAAGGAGUGAAAUUUUAUUCUGUUUAAGCGACAUUUCGCUUAACACGCGACAUUUAUCUUUGUAAUUGAAGGUUCAUUUUAUUUGGUAUUAGCAUCAACAGUUUUAUGUUUUUAAUUGAACUUCAAUUAAGUUUAUUCCAUUCAAAUAGCUGAAGAAGUUUUUUUGUUAUGAUAUUUUUUACAAAUUUUAAACUUUAGAUGUCUCUCCUGUAAAGUUGCAAAAAUGUUGCUUAAACCAAAUAGCCAAUUCACCCUUGAUGUAUCAUUGUAAUACGCAGAGUUUGAACACCUCUGUUUAAAUAUCACAUGGAGGAAAUAUUCACGAAAAAAUACUAACAUAAAAAUUUUAUCUUUUAUCACCCUGUAUAGUAAUUGUAAAAGGAGUAUUUUUUUUACGAAAACAAACGUUUUUGUGGAACAAUUCGAAAAACGUUUUGUAGUUGAACUAUUAACAGAAUUUAAUGAGAAAUGAUUGUAACAUACGUUUAAGUAGAAGAUUGUUUAACAUAAAUUAGAUCAUACCGUCAUAAAUGUCUACAUACUGUAUCUAUGUCAUGUAAUAUACAGGAUGUGUUCGAUCGAUUCCCGAAAGCGAAGAUAAAAUUGGUGAUAAGCUAGAUCUAAAAAAAAGCACGAAAACAGUUCCGAAAGUGUUUUACACAGCACGCAAUGUAAUUUCGAUAGUCAAUUGACGCGCGGAAACAACGGUUUCGAAAGUUAAGCGGGGAGGCGGGUACUUUUCGUUUCAUUGCUGGUUCUCAAAAAUCACAAGAACGUGUAUUAAUAAUUUCCGUUUACGUCGGUAUAACGAUUUAAGUCCACUUCAACUUCGGGAAUGUUCUUUAUGAACCCUGUACGUAUGAUAUGCAGAAAUUGGGUAGUUUUAUUUUGGUGUCCCUCUCAGCGCGGGAUAAGUUAAUUUGUAAAUCUUUAUCGCCAAAACUAUGUUAAUUUCAAUGGUUGUCACAAAGCAUUUAGUUUUAGUUUAUUGUUUGUUCGCUUAAGAAUUCGAUUUUAUUGCCAAUUAUUACCAUAGCACAAUUUAAAGGGAAAUUGUAAAAAUAUUAUGUUCUAUACAAUUUGAAGUAAGCGUCUGUGAUAUGAUUUGUUAUGGAAACGAAAUGCUUAACUUCUUCGUGUUGUAACAACAUUACAGGGUGCAACUAAAACCUUGACCGAACCAUGAGGGAGGUAUUUAGCUCUGACUUGAUUCUAUUCAAGUAAUAUAUAGAGAAGAAUAAAAACUUUGAAAACAAGUGGCAUGCGAAUAUCAUUUCCUCUAAGUCUGUAAAAUUCAUUAAAAUAUUUAUCGUAUACAAAUUUAAGGUAAGGUAAAAAAUAUUUAUUCGAUAAUAGGCAAGAACGAGCAAAAUAAAAUCAGAGCGAUUGUCUUUUUAAAAUUAGACAUAGAUAAAUAGGCGAACUUUACAUAAAAAAUUAAUACGAACGUAGCUAAUAUGAAUGUUGAACAAUUAUAUUUUUGUCUUCCCAGACAAAAUAAUAAGAAAAGAAAAUUAAAUUAAUUUCAAUGAUCAAAUGAAUUAAGUGAUAGUGAAGUAUUUUUCAUUUUAUGCUGUAGCUAUAGAAACCCAUUCAUGAUUAUCGCAAACUGUAUGAAAAUGAAGUUUCUUGGAUAUUCUGGUGCGCCUUCUGACGUAGGUACGUUGAUGGUACUGUGAUAGAAACAUUUCUUUAAAGCGCCAAAAUUAUAUUUCAUCUAGAAUUCUAUCUAGAGAACGGCUUAGGGAUGCAUAGAGGUCAUACAAUUUAAAAAGUGCUGCUCAAUUCUAAUAGUUUAUAUAAUCGCUUUACAGGAAAUGAACGUAAACAUUUUGUGAAAUUAUUAUUUUAAUAUGUAAUAGUUAGAUUUUAUUUUAUUACACAAGCCUUUACAUGCCUCUCUUGGUUUGAACAGGGUUUUUGUUCCACCAUGUGCAAUUUACGCUGCAAGAUUGAAAGUGAUAUUCGUUUAUUAUACUAACAUUUAACUGCCAUUUUCAAAUUUCAAGUAUUUUAUAUUACUUUAAUGGAAGCUAUGGAUUCAGUUUGGCCAUACAAAGGCGUGUUUAAAUCCACGUAUCGUAAACAUGAUACAUUAAUAAAAAUAACAGCGACAUGUUAUUUUAAUACACUGAUUGUUAGGCCAUUUGUGCCAAAAUAUUUGGAAAAUGAUAUGUUGAUUGGAAAAAAAAUUGUAUACAUUUCAUUUGGGUUAGAAUUAUGGAAGAAUUUCAGAUAAUACCUAAGACACGGUAUUACGAUGUUGUUUUAACUGACUUGUAAUCAAGGUUUUUAACUUUUGUUAGUCGUCUUCUAACAUAGAAAAUAUACAAUUGGACAUAUAAA